AUGAACUGGAAGCAGCACAAUUUCGAGGGCUUCCAAGGACUAAAGGCGGGAGUCACCGCGACAAGCUUCUUGGAGGAGCUUCAGAGGGCCUUUGGGGAUUCUAACGCAGAGCAAGUCGCUGCCGCCCGACUCAUGGCCCUUCGCCAGGGCAGACGGUCCUUCGCGGACUACAUCUCUGACUUCGAAAUGCUGGCUGCGGACGCGGGGUACAACGUGGUCGCCUCAACCGAUGACAAGGGCGAGUACAAGAAGGGGGAUCAGGACAACAUCCUCAUCGAGUUCCUCGAGCGCGGACUCAGCAGCGAAAUUGCAAGCCGCCUCUACAACACCGGCGUCCCCCUGCCCAAGGCAUAUGGUGCCUUCAAGAACUGGUGCGUCAACAUCGAGGCCAAUGCCUUGCGCGAUCAGCUGCGUAAGGCAUCCUAUGCGCACUCAACUCCGCGGCCUCCACCCCAAUUCCGCCCUCAGGCUGCACCAUCAGCACCUGCACCCGCUCCGGCCCGACCAGCGGCCAAUGAGCCGGUUCCGAUGGAGAUCGAUCGCACCCACGCCCGUGGCCGCAAUAUCAUCUGCUACAACUGUCAGCAGCCUGGGCACAUUGCGCGGAACUGCCCUGAGCCCAAGAAGAAGCGCACGUUCUUCAAUCGGGCCACAAUGCUAGAAGAGAUCGAGAACGGGGACAAGGACAACGAGUUCCUGAAGGAGAUCGCCGAGAAGCUGCGCGAGAAGGGUUUUUGA